AUGGCUUCUCAAUAUGCAGCGGAGCUUUGCGCGCUCUUAGUUGAGGACAACUUUGGCGAGCUUUUUGCGCGCAUCUUUUCAAUUCUUCAACGUUAUGACCGAUUGUCCUUUCCUCGUCUCAAGUUCUAUUCGCGCCUGUCUGACCGUCAGCUCCGUCAUGGUCUCGCCGCGAUGAUCCAGCAUCACCUCAUCUAUCACUAUACCUCUUACGACGAGGGAGUCACCUACUACGAGCCCAACCCACAAGCUGCGUACUACUUAGUACGAUCCGGUAAAAUCCUCGCAUUCGUUCAAGACCGGCUAGGUAAGUAUGCGGCAACUGUCAUGUCCACCAUCAUGUUCCUCGGACAUGCUCAGAUCAGCCAUCUCGAGACACUGCCCGAGUUAAGACCUGGACAAUUGGAGGCGGACGGCAUCAAUGACGAUCUCGAAGGAGAGGGAGCGGGGGAACGAGUGAAUGGGCAUAACGUGGAUGGAGCCAUCGAACAGCCAGCUUUGCUUCAUCCGACAUUGAAGGCAUUGGCAUCCCAUGGAUAUUUGAUCCGGGUCCGAGAUGCGCAAUUUCAAAGUUAUGCAGACAACGCGCUUGAUGCUGAACGUGCAAUCAAGUCGCGGCCCGACGUCAAACAGAUGAAAGGCAAACGGCUCGAGGAAACGGUUCUAGAAGGCACACUUGCUAUGCUGAAGGAAAAAUUAGAUGGAGAUCUUACCCGUGGAUUGAUGCAUAACGGCCUACCGCGUGGUGCCAAGAGAAGGCCUGGUAGUGGGUCUGCGGACAAGAGUGCCCGGAUGGACUAUGACAUGGAGGACGAGGCUGAGGAGGAGAAUGAGUGGUCUGAUGACGACAUGGGAGGGGACGCAACUCCUAUGGAGUCCGGAAUAGUUGUCCGAGUCAAUUACGAGAAACUGGACGUUGCUCUGCGGAAUCGACGGUUCCUCGACCUUGCGGAGAUGCACGCGUCGUCGGCCACCGCCCAAGUCUACGAAUGUCUCCUGCGACGCAUUGAAUACCAGACCAAACAAUGUCGGGACAGCGUGGAAAUCCCUCGCGAAGGAGAAGAAGGCGAGCAAUACUCCGUUGCGAUUGCGCUGAGUGCGGUGACGGAAGAGGUCGACCCGCAGUUAGAUCUUGCGGGCUCCAUCGGCCCCAUGGAAACCCAGCAGCCUGUCAGCAAGCGUGGAAAGAGACCUUUAGACGACGAUGGAGUUAAUGGGACCAGCCAUCAAGACUCCGACGCCCCUAGCCGGACCUAUGAGAUCGACCAGCAUCUUAGUCUUCUCUCCCAACCCCCCUACAACUUGACCUCGAAGCGUGUCGUAUCCGGCCUCAUAACCUGGACAGUGGAGUUCCGACACCUGGCGCGUAAGCUGCGGCAUUUGGAACUCGAACGUGUCAUCGAAGCUCGCUACGGCGAUGUCGCUCUACGAGUGAUCCGCGUCCUCCACGCCAAGGGCAAACUCGACGAGAAGCGCCUCCAGGAAAUCAGCCUCCUUCCAUUUAAGGACUUGCGGCAGGUAUUAGCCAGCAUGCAGUCCGGCGGAUUUGUAGACUUGCAAGAAGUCCCGCGAGACGCACAGCGACAGCCGUCGCGUACAAUCUACCUAUGGUUCUACGAUCCGGACCGGAUCCGUGACAGCAUCUUGGAGGACACCUACAAGGCUAUGUCUCGGUGCAUGCAGCGCUUACGGUUCGAGCGGAGUCGACUCAAGGAAUUCCUGGAGAAGACUGAGCGCAGUGACGUCAAGGGGAACGAAGAGCGGUAUCUGUCCCCGGCGGAGCUCACCCUACUAGGGCAAUGGAGAAGCAAGGAGGCUUUACUGCUCGGCGAAAUCACCCGGUUGGACGAGAUGGUGGCAGUCAUGCGGGACUACUGA